GGCGCGAUUUGUAGCUCCCAUCGUUUCGCGAACGGGAACGUAAACAAUAUUGUUUUGCGUAAAUAUUGUGAUUUCUACGGAAUGUCUUCGUUCUAAUCAAAACCAAGUGAAUAUUUAUGAUUCGUUCUUUGUCAACGCUAACCGUAAGAAGAUUUAAAUCCGUGUUUAGAGCCAGCGAUGCACCAAUGAAGUAUCUUAACGUCGCCGAGAAAAAUGAUGCGGCUAAAAAUAUUGCCGCUCUGUUGUCGCGGGGAACUGCUCGACGCCGAGAGGGCCUUUCUCCGUACAAUAAAAUCUACGAGUUUGACUACAACAUCCGGGGGCAACAGGUUCAGAUGGUUAUGACCUCUGUAUCUGGUCACUUACUAAACUACGAAUUUUUGCCCUCAUUCCGUGGAUGGCACAGCUGCAAUCCGGAGCAGUUGUUCGAUGCCCCAGUUCGAAAGGGAUGUACCGAAAACGCGGAGAAAAUCAAGAAGACACUGGAGCGUGAGGUCCGCGGCGCUCACACCUUGGUUAUAUGGACCGAUUGCGACCGGGAGGGCGAAAACAUUGGAUUCGAAAUUAUCGAGGUGUGUCGUGCAGUGAAAUCGCAGAUCCGUGUUUUGCGGGCAAAAUUUUCCGAGAUAACGGCCCCAUCUAUCAAGCGAGCCAUCGAGAAUCUUGCCCAACCGGACGAUCGGCAGAAUGACGCUGUCAACGUGAGGAGUGAGCUUGAUCUCCGAAUAGGAGCCGCAUUUACACGCUUUCAAACGCUGCGACUGCAAAAAGUUUUCCCCCAGAAGAUUGUUGACAGUUUGAUCUCGUACGGAAGCUGCCAAAUUCCCACUCUCGGUUUUGUUGCACAGCGGUAUAAAGAAAUUGAGAACUUUAUUCCACAGGACUUCUGGAAGAUUAAACUAAAUCAUACGAUUGACGAAUUGACGGUUGAGUUCAAUUGGGCCAGGAAUCGUCUGUUUGACAAACAAUGCUGUGAGGCAUACCUGAUGCUGUGUCAAUCGGAGUCUUUGGUAAAGAUUGUGAACGUCACGAAGAAACCGAAAAGUAAGUGGCGACCAACCGCAAUGGACACAAUCGAGCUGGAGAAGUUAGGUUCUAGGAAGCUUAAAAUCAACGCAAAACAGACGAUGACUAUUGCUGAAAAACUGUACACUCAAGGUAUCAUAAGUUACCCACGCACGGAGACAAACAUGUUCACCCAGGAUAUGAAGCUGGCCCCAUUGGUUGAAAUGCAAACUCCAAACUCCAAUUGGGGUGAUUUUGCGCAGAAAGUCCUCCAGUGGGGGCCUAAUCCAAGGAAUGGGAAAAAGUCCGACCAGGCCCAUCCACCGAUUCAUCCGACAAAAUAUGUCACCAAUCUAAGCGGGGAUGAGGCAAAAGUUUACGAGCUGAUUGUGAGACAUUUCCUGGCCUGCGUGAGCAAGGAUGCGGUUGGCUCUGAAACGAUUGUCAACGCUGUGUUAGCGGAAGAGGAAUUCACAGCGUCCGGGUUGUGUAUCCACGAACGGAACUAUUUGGAGGUUUACCCGUACGAACGAUGGAACUCGAAAGAGAUUCAUCCAUAUCGGGUGGGCAAUACGUUCGAACCAACGGAACUGAGUUUGCACGAAGGCUCAACAACGGCGCCCAACAUGUUGACCGAAGCGGAUCUUAUUGCAUUGAUGGAAAAACAUGGCAUAGGAACCGAUGCGACGCACGCUGAACAUAUCAACACAAUCAAGGAACGCGGAUACAUCGGGGAAGCCGAACGAGGGUUUCUCGUCCCGGGAACGCUGGGCAUGGGCUUGGUUGAAGGUUACGAAUCAAUGGAGCUUCCGCUAGCGCAGCCUGAACUACGAGCAGGGCUCGAGGCAGAUUUGAAGCUGAUUUGCGAAGGAAGGAAGGACCCCGGGAUAGUGCUGAGUGAACAGGUACAGAAAUACAAGGAAGCUUACAGGGUUAUAUCCGAGAAGGCAAGGGCGUUAGAUCAAGCGAUGGGACAGCGCCUCAAUGAAGUGCCCGGGGAUGCUCCCAGUCAUCAGUUCAACUCUAACGGAUCCACCAUUGUAGAAGUCUGCAAAUGUCCGAAAUGUUCACAAAUGAUGUGCCUUAAGACGAAAAAGAAUGGAACCGGCUUCUAUCUUGGCUGCCUCGGCUUCCCUGAUUGUAAGAAUAGCGUUUGGUUCGAUGAGAACAUAAAAGAAGCAUCCGGAACAAGCGAAGUUUGCUCUCGGUGUGGUGGAACAAACAAGAAAAUGGUCGUUAAAUUUAAACAUGCCCGCUUCUAUGGGAUCCUCGGUGGUGUAAAUAACAGCUCAUAUAAAACGUGUAUUGUGUGCGAUGACAAAUUCCGAGAAAUGCUUGGAAUCGAUACCAGUCUUGUGAAGCAGUUCAGAUCCAACGGUAUUCGGGCAGAUGUUUCCAUUUCUGUUCGUGGAAAUGCCCCUGGAAAUUCGAAUGUGCGACCAACGGGUGGCACUUCUAAUCGACCAACUCAAAACCCUCCGAGUGGACCAGUGAGUGGCCGUGGAACAAAUAACAAUAGAAAUACAAACACUGGUUGGGGUGCAGGUGGAAGCGAUGAUGACGAUGAUUUCUGGGGAGGUGGAGGUGGCGCAAUUUCAUCGGGACGAACAAACCCUACCACAAGCAGUGGAUGGGGAAGUGAUUGGAGUACAUCUAACGUCAGCAAUACGAAUUCUACGAACAGGCCAAGAGGGACAAAUUCCAAUAUGAAUUCAAAGCGACCGGCUCCACCACCAAACAUUCCAAAUGACAAUUCCGAAGAAGUUCUUUGCGUUUGCAACUUGCCGGCGAAACAGUUGACCGUUAAAAAGGAUGGCCCCAAUAAAGGACGACCAUUCUAUCGCUGCUCGAAAGACCAACAAACACAAUGUGAUUUCUUCAAGUGGGGUGACGAGAAUUCCGCACCAUCUGGGUCCUCCUGGGGUCAAAGUCGACCACCACCGAAUAGAAACGAAAGCUCUUUCCGAGGUGGAUCCGAAUGGGGAAGGUCUGAUAACGCAGCCUCAGGAUGGAGUGGCAGUGGCACAAACUCAAACGCAGGACGACCGAAAGCAACCAGGAAAUGUGGCCUUUGUCGACAGGAAGGACACACAAAAGCCAAAUGCCCUCAAAGAGCGGAUAUGGAUUAAUUUCGCUACAUAUUUAAGUGUUUUGUUUCGUUGAAGCCUUUGUAUAUAAAACGUAUGGGGUAUGAAUGUUCGCUUAUAUCAA